CGCUGGGCGGCGGCUGACACCCCCGAAUUCCUGCAGGCGGCGGGCAGGGUGCGGGGUCCCUCGAGGUCCCCAACCCCACACCCUGCCCCCCUCCCGGGCCGGUCGGGCAGGGCAAGCGCUCUCCUGAGGCUGCGGAGCCACCUUCCUGCACUGCCCCCCCGCCGCGCCCAAACUGGGACCCUCGGAAGGGAAGGGUGGAGAGAAAGAAGGUUCAGGAAGACCUCAGAGGGGCUGGUUUUGGAGACGCCGACCGCCCCCAUACCUCCCCGCACACCUCCCCGCACACCUCCCCCCACACCCUCCGCUGGUCGCGGGAGGGGCGGCAUCUCCCCGCCCCCGGGCCGCGCGGCCCGCUCCCUCCGCCCGCGGCGGGAGCCUGGGCCAAGUGGGCGCGCCCGGCCGGGGGCCGGCGGGAUCCGGUGUCGGCUGCAGCUGGCAGUGCGGCGGACGGGCGCGGGCGGCCUGGGGGGCCAGCUAUUAAUACCGCGGCCGCCCAGCCCGGGUCGCGCAGCCAUGGCCAGCCCGGAGCCCCGGCGCGGCGGGGACGGCGCCGCCCAGGCCGCGAGAUCUUAUGCCUGUUCUAAGACGAGAGUGGUAAAAAGGAGCUCCGGCUCUGGAGCCAGACCGCCGGCCUUCGCCAGGCUCCACCACGUACGAGUUGUAGAACUUUGAAAACACAAGAGCAGAGGCCACUUCUCUUCAAGAGGAGAACUCUGAAUCCCCGUAUGAGGAGGGGACCUGGAACCCAGAAGUCACUCUGUCUUUGGAAGGGACCUUGAACUUAGAGGAUAUCCUCUACCUGGGGGACACAGGUGACUUUGAUGUGGCUAUGUAUGUGGAAGAGACCAAGAAGCCCGAGGAGAUGCUGCAUAUUGAGGAGACCAGGACGCCUGAUGAGGCCCUGUAUGUGGAGGAGCCAGGAAAGCCAGGGGAGAUGCUAUAUGUGGAAGAGCCCGUGAAGCCGGGAAAGACUACAAGCCCAGAGCAGAUGGUUUAUGGGGGAGAGACAGUCCCGAGCGAGGAGAAACCUAACCCAGAGGAGAGCCUCAGAGCUGGGCCGGGUCCCAGCACAGAGGGGAGCCUGAGCACAGAGGACCUGGAAUUGCUGGAGGAGCGUUUCCAGCAGUGUGUCCAAGCCGUGGCCCAGCUGGAAGAGGAGAGGGAUCAGCUCAUCCACGAGCUUGUGUUGCUCCGGGAACCAGCCCUGCAGGAGGUGCAACGGGUCCACCAGGACAUCCUGGCUGCCUACAAACUGCACGCCCAGGCAGAGCUGGAGAGGGAUGGGCUGAGGGAGGAGAUCCGGCUGGUCAAGCAGAAGCUGUUCAAGGUGACGAAGGAAUGUGUGUCCUACCAAUAUCAGCUGGAGUGCCGCCGGCAGGACGUGGCCCAGUUCGCCGAGUUCCGAGAAGUGCUGACCGCCCGGGCGGCCCAGCUCUCAGAGGAAUUAGCCCAGCUUCUGGAUGCCUAUCAGAAGCAGAAGGAGCAGUUACGGCAACAACUAGAAGCACCUCCAAGCCAGAGGGAUGGGCACUUUCUCCAGGAGAGCCGGCAGCUCUCUGCCCAGUUCGAGAACCUCAUGGCAGAGAGCCGCCAGGGCCUGGAGCAGGAGUAUGAGCCUCAGCUGCUGCGGCUCCUAGAGAGGAAAGAAGCUGCGGCCGAAGCUCUGCAGAAAACCCAGGCCGAGAUCCAGGCGAUGAAGGAGGCUCUGCGACCACUGCAGGCAGAGGCCCUUCAGCUCCACCUGCAAAACAGGAACCUGGAGGACCAGACCACCCUUGUGAGGCAAAAACGAGACGAGGAGGUGCAGCAGUACAGGGAACAGCUGGAGGAAAUGGAAGAACGACAGAGGCAGCUAAGAAGCGGGGUGCAACUCCAGCAACAGAGGAACAAAGAGAUGGAGCAGCUAAGGAUCAGCCUUGCUGAAGAGCUCUCAACGUACAAGGGCUGUUUAGAAACAUAUGGCCGAAUCUGUAACCAAGAAGCAACGACAAAAAACUCCUUAGCAAAGGAUCACUAAGUACCCUUUGGACAUACUUUUUUCUAAACAGAAAAGGGAGUGCCAGGGAUUUGGCAAGCAGUUCACUCUGAGAAAGUUACAAAUACUGGCUGACCUGUUUAAAAAGAUUCUAGGGCUGGCCGGAGGCAGAAUACUAUCAGUCAACUCUCAGCUGGAUUCUAUUUCAUAGGCUGCUGGUACUGAUCUCAAUGCACUGAGGAAUGGAAAAAUAAAAGUCUCCUGUCACCCAUCAGCAACCCUCCACACAAAGUAAAGGAUGAAUGUAUGGACACACCUUGCUGUAUUGUGAAGAAUGUAUCUUGCCUUCUGUUGACCCAAAGCAGAAAGUUUUUCAGGAACACAGGUGGAGUCAAAAAGGCAGCCGAUUUUCCUUAUAUUCAAGUUGACCCCUGAACAACGUGGGGGUUAAUCUGCAUAUAACUUAGUUGGCCCUCGGUAUCCGAGGUUCCUCCACAUCCACGGACUCAACCAACCACUGCAGGUAUAGUACUGUGGUAUUUACUAUUGAAAAGUAUGUUAUAAGUGGACCUGUGCAGUUCAAACCCACAUUGUUCAAGGGUCAACUGUAUAUGGGUUUAAAAUUUGAAUUCUUCUGUGCCAUGAGUGUUAGACUUUAAUUAAAUCCCUUUACAAAGUUUACUUUUCUUUAA